UGCUCCCGGCUAUCGGCCCGUGCCACCUGCAGCGCUCUUGCGCAAGCGUUGCCGCGCCUGGCGCUCUCCGGCAUCAUUCAACCUGCAAUCAAGCCUUUCGAAGCAACGACGGACCAGACCAGAAUUCUUCAUCCCGCCCGUCGCCAUGUCCAUAAACUGGGUUAUGCUCUCUGAAAACGAGGGCUUUACUCCCCUCCCCGGCGAGCAGCGUCUCUACACCUCACCACCGCGCACGACCCUCAGCCUGCGCUCGUUAAACAAAUACCCGGGCAAAGAGCCCUUUUCGGUGCAAAGCAGCACGGGCUGCCUGCAUCUCACCAACCGGCGCAUCGUAUACCUGCCCAUGCACCCGACGGAGCAGCUGCAGUCGUUCGCAGCCCCCAUCCUCAACCUGCACGACACGCACGUCACGGCGCCCUUCUUCGGCCCCAACGUGUGGAGCGCAAUCGUGCAGCCGGUGCCGGGUGGGAACAUUCCAGCCGUGCACCCGGCGCUCGAGCUCAAGUUCACCUUCAAGGACGGCGGCGCCUUCGACUUCCACACCACCUUCGAGCGCAUCAAGGAGCGCCUGCAGCAGGCUGUCGAGGUCGCGCGCGAGCACGGCUCCUUCACGGGCGACGGCUCAGAGGGCGGCACUGGGCGCGGCCCCGGUGCCCUCGCUGGCAUCAACAUGAACAACGUCCACCUGGAGCAGCUGCCUGCGUACGAGCCGCCCCCAGCGAGCGCUGCCCCGCCCGCUCCUUCGACGCCCCCAUACACCGAAGCCAGGGACGGCACGAGCAGUCCGAGUGGCGAAGCAGCGGCAGCGGCGACAGAAGCGGCGCAGAAGCCGCAGGAUCAGCCGACAGAGCCGCCGCCGGGAUACGAGGAGGUGCAGAUGGAGAGCGUCAACGAGGAAAUGGAGCGGCGGAUGCGGACAGAGUCGUGAAAAAGGGCUCUGAUCGAUACAGGCAUCUCCGACGAUCGCGGCGCGCAGAUUAAUCUUUGCGUAACGAGACUUGGCUGGUCGGGUCGGGGCGCGCCCGGGGUGCGUUCCCCGAUCUGCUGAGCUGACUACAGCCAAAGGCAUGCAUGGUUUUCCGCUUUCUUCUCUUCCUACCUAUACCACCUUUUUACUUGGAGCACACACACGUACAUAUAUAUAUAUAUAUUCUCUCAGGCAGGCGUUUUUUUUUUUUUUUUUUUUUUUUUUUUGGGAGCCUGUUGCUGAGCACGAAG